AGCCCGGGAGUCAGUUUUCCACGCGGCGGGUGAGGUGCUAUCUUUAAAGUACCACCACAAACCAAUAUCUUUAUGUCUAGAAAACUGCAACGUCUUCGAAAUCAUGACAUAAAUCCCUGCCUUGUGGAAGCAGAUGCCUCUAGCAAAUGUAUGGAUAAGAAUAACUACAAUAGAGAUGCAUGCACCCUGUACUUUUUAAGAUACAAGAGCUGCAAAAAGUUUUGGAAUGGGAUCGUGAUGCAGAGAAGAAAAGAUGGAAUCAAACCAGAUAUGCCUACAGGAGAAGAGAGAGAGAAGAUCCUGGCAUCAAUAGGAAGAAUACCAUACUGAUUGUGCAGUGUUACAGUGGUGUUGUUGCAAGCAAGACAUUCUGGAAAGAAUGUUGAAAAACACCUUUAGACUAGGUGGCCAUUGUUGCCACCUUCUUA